AUGUCCCCUCUCGCAUCAGCAUUCCUUUUCCAAUCCCUAAUUGUCUGUAUUCAAGCUCUGAAUGUGGCGAUUAUCGGUGAAGGAGUGAUCGGCACAUCGACGGCUCUUGCUAUUAAACGUCUUGACAAAGAUGUCAACAUCACUGUCUACCACGAUAAAGACUUCAAAGACAUUCUCUCACACGGAAUUGCCGGAUUGUUUAGAAUUGAUGAUGGAAAGCCCAUUAACAGACUUUACGGUGCUCAAACAUUCGAACGUUUGGCUGAAUUGUGGCGAGAAUUCGGCGGCAAUAGCGGCGUGCAAUUGGUUUCUGGACACAUUUUGAGUCAAAGUCAAGAGAAACUUGAUGCACAGUGGGAAAACUACGGACAAGUUGUCUACAAUUAUGUCAAUUUAACAUAUCCGCAGCUACACAGUCAAUUCAAGCUGGAAAAUGAUGAGUUGUACAAAGCGAUUCACUACACAGCUUUCACUUCAGAAGGAGCGAGAUAUAUUCCUUGGAUGAAGAAACUCCUUGAAGAGACCUAUGACGUCAUGUAUAUAAAGCAGCACAUCGACAGUGUUGAAGAGCUCGGUGAUGACGGCUACGAUGUUGUGGUAAACUGUGGUGGGCUUGCUGGAGGAAAGUUGGCUGCCGAUGGCGAUGAAAAGAAAAUGUACCCGAUUCGUGGGCUUUUGCUGAAAACAAACGCGAGUUGGCAGAAACAUUUUCUCUACAGAGAUUUCACCACUUUCACGAUUCCCGUAAUUGAUGCCGUUUACGUUGGGACAAUCAAAGAGGAACACAAUGAUUCACUCGUCAUCGAUGAGGAAUCGAUUGAGAAAAUCUGGGGUGCAUAUCUCGAGUUGCAGCCAGCGUUCAAGGACGUAGAGAUCAUCGAUCGUUUUGUCGGUCUUCGUCCGGCUCGCGUGGGCGGAGCGAGAGUUAAGGCUGAGACAAGGAACAAUACAAAUGGAAAUGAGUACAGGAUUGUUCAUAACUACGGGCACGGUGGGAAUGGUUUCACCCUUGGAUGGGGAAGUGCUGAACACGCGGCAAGGCUCGCUCUAGGCUUCGACACUUCGCAAUACGAUGAGCUUUUGAAUCGAGUUCACAUUGACAUGCCUAAGGACGUGCAUAAGGAAAAGCCUAAGGAGAUGAGCGAUCAAGAUCGAGCCAUUGUGAAG